AAUGACAUUGCCAGAUCCGUUUAUUUGUUGUUGUUUUCCUUUAUCGGUUUGUGAUAAUGAAAAUGAUAACCUUUCAAAAUACAAGUUCUGGAGGGUUUCACUUUGUAUACGUGUUCAUUUUACAGUAUGAUUAUGAUUAUGGCAGUCAAUUAUGAAUUUAUUUAGAUUGUAUAAUGAAGUAGGUUAUAGUGAAAGUUCUGCAAAAUUCUUCUCACACAUAGUUAUUUCACUAUUCCAAGGUGACAGCUCAGAAUAGUUUUUGUUAUUGUUACAUUGUCAGUUUUAAGCUGUCAUCGAGUUUCAAAUGUCUGAUAAACCAAACCAAUACGUCGCAACUCUUGAUAUUGGAACGUCAACGGUUCGUUGUAUCAUCAUAAAUGACCGUGGAAACCAUGUAGGGUCAUCAACCAAACCAGUUACGUUGCUGUACCCUCAGCCUGGAUAUGUGGAAAUUGAACCUGAACAUUUAUGGGAAACAGUGCUAGAUGUCAUCAAAUUGGCCAUAAAAGAUGCAAAUAUUGAAGCCAGAGAUAUUACGUGUUUGGGGAUCUCCACACAACGAUGUACGUUCAUAACGUGGAACAAGAAAACAGGAAAACAUUACCACAACUUCAUAACAUGGAAGGACUUGCGAGCAGAUUCACUUGUCAGGCAGCACAACUCAUCGUACAUGAUGUGGGGUUUGAGGUUUGGUGCCAAGUGUCUGUACACUGUGACCAGACAGAAGAGGUUCCUAGCCGCUAGUGAUCUGAAGGCUAUGAAUGUGCAGAUAGUAUGCCGACUGGAGUGGGUGUUGCAGCAUGUUCCAGAGGUGCGAUGGGCGGCACAGAACGGCAUGGCGGUUUAUGGCAUGCUGGACAGCUGGCUUCUGUACCGACUCACCGGUGGCAAGUUGCAUGUGACAGAUGCGUCAUGUGCUAGUGCGUCGGGACUGUUUGACCCGUUCACACUGCAAUAUGUUGACCUACUGCUGCGCAUGUACCACAUCCCGGCCAGCAUGUUGCCUCACGUUUGUGAUUCGGGAGGUGAUCACUUUGGACUGACAGCUCCACACCUGUUCGGCCACCCUGUGCCCAUCAGAUGUUCGAUAGCAGACCAAUCUGCCUCUCUAUUCGGCUCCUGCUGUUUCUCAGAAGGUGACACCAAGGUGACUCUCGGCACUGGGACCUUCCUUAAUGUCAACACAGGCAGACAACCUCAUGCUUCCAUAUCAGGUUUGUACCCUCUGGUGGGCUGGAGGGUGGCUGACGAACUGGUCUAUAUGGCAGAAGGUAGCUCAUCGGACACAGCCACUCUCAUAAACUGGCUGCAAGAUAUGGGUUUAGCCAGUAGUCCAGAUGAGACGUCCAAGAUUGCGGCCUCGGUAUCUCACACUGAUGGAGUCAUGUUUAUACCGUCUUUUUCUGGGAUUCAGGCUCCAGUAAACGACAGUCGGGCAGCAGCCGGUUUCAUCGGUUUAAAACCUACAACCCGGCCUGCACAUCUGGUAAGAGCUGUACUGGAGAGUAUCGCAUUCCGAAUAGCACAAGUCUACCAACUGCUGAAACAGGAAAUCAAUUAUCCCUGCUCUCUUGUCAGAGUGGAUGGAGGGGUGUCGUCCAAUGAUUUGAUCCUGCAGAUGACAGCAGACCUGACAGGGUCCCAGAUAGAGAGGGCUGAUAGUGUUGAGAUGUCUGCUGUAGGAGCUGCCUACCUAGCCGGCAUCAGUGCAGGUGUCUGGAAAGACAAAGAAGAAGUAAUGAAGUUGAGGAAAGUUGAUGUGAGUUUCAUGCCAAAAGAUAAGAAUGAAAAAGCAGAAGAGAAACUGAACGAAUGGACAAGAGCACUGGAUAGGUUUCUACAUUGGUAUAGCUAAUAUAGAGCUUUGAUCUAUAUAUCUCAUAUAAAGCAUUUCAGUAAAAUAUUUUAAUUGCAAGUAUUGCAAUGUGAAAAUUUUACUUCCAAUAGCAUUUUGGUUAGAUUAAAUCUACUUAAUUGAUAAUUGUAUUGUAUUCUGAAAACAGUUUUACUAAAAUUCAACAUGCAUUUUACAGCAUAAACCUGACUGCCACUGUUACAUUACGUUUUAUAAUAGGAAUUUUCAUGUUAAUUAGUAUGUAAUUGUGCCUUGAUAUAAUAGCUUACUACCUUGCUCAGUUUAUCUUACAAGGUUACUCUUUAAAUAAGAACCAAUUUUUAAUUCAACUCCAUGUUAUAUUAUUAGUUAAAGUUUUAAAAUCAAGAGUAGUUAGGAGAGUCUUUUAACUAAUACAUUCUGUAAAUUUAUCUUCUAACUAAUACAUUCUGUAAGUUUAUCUUCUAACUAAUACAUUCUGUAAGUUUAAUUAUCUACAUUAGUUCUUUAAUUGUUUCCAUUGCAUUUUACUACUACCUAGUUGAACAAACUUUCUCUGAUUUUCAUUAAAAAUUCAAAAAAUGUUAUUAAUGAAAAAUUAAAAAGAUAUUAUUUUUUAAAGUAAUAGGAAUUUGACUGUUGGAAACAUUAUUUAUGACAUAUUUGAAAUAUGUACACUUUCACUAAUAAAACUUAUAAAUAGUCAAUGUCUGCACCAAUCUCUUGGUCACCAGCAGUAAUCUAUGCGUCCUGGUUAUGGAUAUCUUUACGCUUUAUACUUUGUGAUUUUGUCUGUCAAGAUCUCUCUUUCAUUUACAUUUACUUGAGUUGCUAAUGUACUUUAGAGUGAAGUGUGUGUAUGCUUGAAAAUGUUUGUUCAUAACAAUAGCACACUGUAUAAUCAAUUUUUCUUUAUUGUGAACUCCUAGUACUCAAAAUCAAAAUUGUUAGAGAGUACUAAAUAUAUGUAAACGCACACAUACACAUUAAAGUAUAAUAUUUUUUCUGAAUAUUCAUCCAAAUAAUGGAUUGUAUUUCAGGAACUUUAUAGAGAUGUGUAUAAUAUCAAACCUAAUUAAGAUUAGUUCAUAUAAUGUAACAUUUUAAUUUCUUCAAUAUUGGACAUUUCAUGGCAAGUUUUUUGUAUCUUUGUUUUAUAUUUAUAUUAGUUAAUAAAAUUACUUUAAAUGUCAUAGUAAAACUUAGUUAAAAUGGCAGAUUGAAAUGCAUUGACCAUAUGUGUCUACAGUGUUUAAUAUGUUUCAGAACAUUCCCUCCUUUGUAGUUUUGUAGGUCACAGUAUUUAUGCUGGUUAUCUUGCCCUUAGUACUUUAGUAGGUAUUGUUGUUAUAUUUUGUUACUUAUCGUUUUAAGAUAAAAUUAAUCUUUUCUUUCCAGUUUAAUAAAUAUUAUUUUAAUAUAAACAUAUAUUUGAGUAUUAGUAUUAAUUGUUUCAAAUAAACAUCUACAACGUUUAUAUAAUUGGUUUAUUACCAUUAGUUCUUAAAAAAAUACAUUAUUGUAUUAAGCAUUUAUGAAUUAGUGUUUAUUGAAAUAAGGCCAUUAUUUCUUUUAUUUUUUAUAUUUGAUUCAUUGUUAAACUAUACAUAUCAAAUAUUUUACAAAAAAUAAAUAAUUACCGUUAGUUAAAAAUCAAAAUGUAUGAUUUUGCACUGAUAUGAAAAUGUAUAAUUUUGCGGUGAUAUGAGACUUAAGAACUGUUAUUAGAUAUUAUUGUUGUUAUUUUUAUGCGUUUUAUUAUAUUUAUAUAUAAAUAAACUUUUACACUGUU